CACUCACUCAUUCACCUCAUUUAUAUUCCCCCUCUUCCCCCUCACACAAUCACUCCCUGUUGCUCUCUCUCUCUCUCUCUCUCUUUUUCUCUGUGUGUGUGGGGGAAAAUUACAAACUCACACACAUAUAUAGAUAGACAUGGGUCGAUCCCCUUGCUGUGAGAAGGAGCACAACAACAAAGGGGCUUGGACCAAGGAAGAAGACGAGCGUCUCAUCAAGCACAUCAAACAGCACGGUGAAGGCUGCUGGAGAUCACUUCCUAAAGCUGCUGGUUUGUUGAGAUGUGGCAAAAGCUGCAGGCUUCGAUGGAUAAACUACCUGAGGCCUGAUCUCAAGAGAGGAAAUUUCACCGAGGAAGAAGACGAACUCAUCAUCAACCUUCACAGCUUGCUCGGCAACAAAUGGUCUCUUAUUGCUGCUCGGUUGCCGGGGAGAACGGAUAACGAGAUCAAGAACUACUGGAACACUCACGUGAAGCGAAAACUCAUCAGCCGCGGCAUCGACCCACAGACACACAGAUGCCUCAAUCCGAGCAACAAAAGCCCUAGAAAUGUGUCCAUGCAGACAGACGAUAUAGCGAUGAGAAACGACAUCGGUUUUAAGGUAGAGGAAUACUCCAACUGCAGCAGCGUGGAAUUUUUGCACCCACAGAUCAAUUUGGAUCUAUCAAUCAGACCUCCUCAUCUCUACUGACGAACCCUAAUCAAUUUGGUUGUCAAUGAAUGUAACUGCGCAUCUAUAGAUGUGCAGAUAUUUUUAUGGGCCCUUCUUUUAUUAUAAGUAAUUAAUUAACUUGGUACUUCAUUUUUUUGUGAUGUUAUUUUUCUUGAAGAUGGUGGAGGUAAAUGUUACCAACAACCAACAAGAAGCCAGGGUUUUAAAUGUGGAGCUUUUUUGGCCUUGGUGUAAUCUAGUAACUGAUGAACAAUCACUUCUCUUCACUCAUUUAUUAUAAGCACCUAGGUUUUAGUAUUAAUUUUGAGUUUAUUUGGGUUGUGAAUCUCACUUUAUAUUGGAAUUUGGAUUUUUUCUACCUCAAA